AUGUACAGUGACGUGAGGUCAUUUUAUAAAAAUAAAAACAUUCUCCUUACUGGCGGUACAGGAUUCUUGGGGAAGUUGAUCAUCGAGAAGCUGUUAAGAACUUGUGACGUCGAGGGAAUAUAUCUUAUAGUCAAACCGAAGAAAGGACUAUCGCCGGAAGAGCGAUUGAGAAACCUUCUUGAAGAACCUAUAAACAUAGUUUUUCAUUGUGGAGCAACUUUAAAUAUGGACCUAAAACUCCAAGAUGCUGUCAUUACGAACGUUCGAGGCACUAUGGAGCUAUUAGAACUUAUAAAUGAAUCUGAACAAAUACAGGCAUUCGUUCAGGUAUCGACCGCAUUUUCCAAUUGUUACGAAAAAGUCAUCGAGGAGAAGUUUUAUGAAACACCAAUUAAGCCGGAGUUGCUUAUACAAAUGAGCGAAGACAUGAAUCCAGAGAUGUUUAAUAGUAUUAGUGGAAAGUUAACUCUGCUGCACUAUACCCUCAAAUAUACCUUAUUUGGGCUGGCCACUAUUCCAAUAUACAAAACUCUAGCUAGACUUUGUUUUCGAAAGAAAAAGUAA